AAAUGCAGCUGGCAUCUUUCUUGGAGGACCCUCAAUAUCAAGACCAACAUUCUUUACAUACAGAAAUCAUAAAGACAUUUGGAAGAGUUGGACCUAAUGCUGAGCCCAGAUUUAGAGAUGAAUUUGUUAUUCCACACUUGCACAAGUUAGCCUUGGUCAACAAUCAGCAGUCUGUGGAUUCGAAGAGACUGGAUAUUGCUACCCACCUGUUUGAAGCCUACAGUGCUCUUUCCUGUUGUUUUAUUUCAGAAGAUUUAAUGGUCAAUCACUUUUUACCAGGACUUAAGUGUUUACGAACUGACAUGGAACAUCUCUCGCCAGAGCAUGAGGUUAUUUUAAGCUCCAUGAUAAAAGAGUGUGAACAGAAAGUGGAAAACAAGACCGUCCAAGAACCGCAGGGCUCAAUGUCGAUUGCAGCGAGCCUUGUGAGUGAAGAUACAAAGACCAAGUUUUUGAACAAAAUGGGCCAGCUGACUACAUCAGGUGCAAUGUUGGCUAAUGUGUUUCAAAGGAAGAAGUAAGAUGGGAAAAGCAAACUCCCAGCUAACACUAAGAUGGACCUCACAGAGACUGGUUCCUGUACUUGAAGUACUUGCCUUUUAAUUUCUUCUGUCUUAUGUUCUUGUAGUAUAAUUUUAUUCUAACCUCCAAAGAUAUUUGCACUGCUUUUGAAUAUCGCUGUGUAUCUGUUAAUUUGGGGUUUACUGUGGUUGAUAUAAAACUGAAAUCAUAGUCUGUACCAAGUCCCUGUUCUGUGUUCUUGUCUUUCCAGCAUAAUUUUUUUUAUAUAGUGGAAGGGUUUGUUUUUUUUUAAUUUUCUGACAGGAUAUCAGCAAAUAUCUGUAUUAUACAUGGAGCUAUUAUGACGGUACUUAAAAUAAUGUAAAUUUGAAGUCAUUGUCAUGAAGUAAUAAAAGUGGAGAUUACUUAUGUAUUUAAAUUAUGAAAGAGUAAUGCAGAUUUUUUUUAUUAUGUUUC